AAAAUGCCGUAGAGGUAGUGUUUGAUAAAAAUUCUGGGAUCUCGAUCUUAUCAACGUGAGUGUUUAUUAAUGGAUUAGUGACAACAGUUUCCUUCUAUAUUUAUUUCUUCAUAGUUUAGGCCUAGCCUUUAUAGCAGAUUACUGUUCCCUUUAUUGAUUAGGCUACCCGUUGGGUUUCUACGAUACAAUUGUUUGUAUUUGUAAUUAGGCCUACUUCAGUUUAUAAAGCUGUUUAUUAUUACCAGGCUUACAAUUUAUUGUCAUAAGUAGGUCCAACUAUUUCAUUCUUAAUGCAUAAAUAGUUUGUCACUUCAUACCUGACCGAUUUGAUAAUUUUUGAGGUUAAGCUAACACAAUGAAUCUUUAUGGAUGUGAUACGUUUGUUGUUCUUCCACCUUUAACCAAACAUGGAGAUAUAAUCUUUGGUAAAAACUCAGAUAGACCAUAUGGAGAGGUUCAAGAAGUUGUAUACUACCCACACAAAAAAUGUCAAUCGGGAUCUAAACUGCAAUGUACUUAUAUAGAAAUUGAUCAAAACUACCGUACAACUAAUGCUGUCCUUCUGAGCAAGCCAUCUUGGAUGUGGGGGGCAGAAAUGGGAUCAAAUAAUCAUGGGGUAGUCAUUGGUAACGAAGCUGUCUGGACUGAAGUAGAUGAUAAUAUGAAAACCGAGAGACUUCUUGGAAUGGAUCUUUUGAGGCUUGGACUUGAAAGGGCUACAACUGGCAGCGAGGCUGUAGGUGUUAUUACAGAGUUGUUAGAACAAUAUGGCCAAGGUGGACCGUGUUCUGAUACAGACACUCAGUUAUUAUAUCACAACUCUUUUCUCAUUGCAGACAAGAAAGAAGCCUGGGUUUUAGAAACAGCUGGCAAGUUGUGGGCAGCAGAGAAAAUUAAGUCUGGUCCUAAAAACAUAUCCAACUGUUUAAGCAUAGGGACUAAUAUUUCUGCCAUGUCUAAAGACCUCUUAAAAUAUGUUAAAGAAGAAAAAUUGUGGUCAGGAGAGGGAGAGUUUGAUUUCAAAAGUGUACUUUCCAGUCAGGGAUGCAACAGAGAAGAAGCCGGCCGGAAUAUUCUUCGCAAUUUGUCUUCUGAUAAACAGUUUGACACAGAAAAGAUGUUUCAAGUCCUUCGUAACAAAGAUUCAGGCAUUUGUAGACCUGCAGAUGAUCCGUUCCACACUUCAGGAAGUUGGGUGUCAGUGUUAAGUAGCUCUGAAAGUAAAAAACCUUCUUGUCACUGGGUGACAGCGACUCCAGACCCUUCUGUCAGUGUUUUUAAACCAUUUGUCUUCACUUCAAAACCAACUAUACCUCCCGAAAUUAUAAGUCCAGCAUUUACUCAAGAUCCAGCCAAAGCUAAGCCAAGAUUUCAAUUCAAGGUAGAUCGCCAGCAUCAACUGUACAAACUACACAAGAAAGCUUAUUAUGAUGAAACAACUGUAAAAAUAUUAAAAGAAGUCGAGAAGACUCUAGUUGGAAAUACAUCAGCUCUGCUGCAAGCUGUUGAGGAGAAUAAAAUUGAUCAAGAGCACUGUAAUGAACUUCUUAAAACUGCUGUUGAAGCAGAGAUUAAAGUGUAUGGUUAAGGACCUAUCCUAGUAAACACAGUUUGUAGAGGUCUAUACAAUCUCAAUUGCUUUAAUCAAACUUAUUUUUUUUCUUUACAAACUUCUAUGUAAUUUUAUUGUUACGUGUAGCCUAUUGUAUAUUUUUAACAUUGGCCUACAGUACUGGUAGGCCCUACUACUGUAUACACCUACCAAUAGUUUAGGUGCCUACUCCAUUACAGUAGACACCCUCUUAAUCAGCCUCACAUUAACCAAUAAUCAGACUAUCUGCCCUCGCAAAAUAUUAUAUUUUGUUUUAAUUGACCGACCUUGUUUUGUGAGCAGUUGGGUUUAAACGCCACUUUCUAGGAAUCUCAGCAUUCCGCUCCCACGCUUGGUGAUGGUCACAAUAUCAACACGCUAAACUCUACAGGAUGUUAGCCUAGGCCUACCAAGAAUAAGUUAUUUUAUAUUUUCCAACAAAUACUUGCAUCUUGUAGGCUGAUCUUUAAAUUUGAAAAUAUAUUCUGUACUGUAUUACAAUGGAUUUGGAAAGCAUUAAUUGAUAUUAGUAAAAAGAAUUAAAAUAAGAAUUUUUAUUGACUAUGACUAGGCUAUACCAAGUCUAUACUAUAUACUAUAUCUAUUCCUCUGAAAGUAUUUGACUUUACCGAGUUUUGGAUUUAUUUGUGCUUUCUAUAGUCAAUACUUAAGAAAAAAAGGAGGUAAGUGUUGUUAAUAACCGACCUUUUGAGCUAUCCGACCUUGGUCUGGUCCCGAUAAGGUCGCUUAAGAGGGGGUCUACUGUAGGCUACAUUUAAAAAUAGCUUUUUAACAAUCAGACAAAAUGUAACAACAGAAAGAAGACUUGAUGUAUCGAAUGACAAAUGAGAUAAAAUAGUUGUUCCCCUUAAUCAAUUGCUUUCCUUUAUUAUUUUAACUGUUUUUAUUUUGAUUAUGUUAUGCUAUGGUUUGAAAGGAUACAUUGUUUAGGUUUGCAUUUUUAAUUGUUUGCAAAGUUUUAAUUUAAAAAUAUGUAGAUGAACAUGUUAACAAAACUUUUAACUUUAGAAUAAGACGUAUCCAUAUAUAAAUCCCAAAGUACCCAUGAACUUUCGAGAAAACUAAAAGUCAUACCCCCAUAAACCAUAUACAGUACUUAAAAUGUCCGUCAUGUCAAGAAACCUUGCGCUUAACUAUCCAUUAUUUCAUAAAUUGCCCUUUAAGGUUGUAAUUCCUUUCUAAAGGGAACUUUCCAUUACCGGUACCUAAUGCUAAAAAUACCUCAGCUGUACAUUUGUUUGUUAUUCUUUCAAUUUAUUACCUUAUUAAAAUCAUGUGUGAUUGUUUGUAUUACUAUACAACUGCAUUCUGUUUUGUUAAUUUCAGCUUAACCAAUCGAUAGUUUUAAUAAUAGGCCUACUUAUUAUGAAGUAAAACGGGGUGAAGCCUGUGGGUAAUCAGCUAGUUUGAUAUAAGUUGUAAAGUGCUAUUAGGCAUACUCAACCAUAAAAACAUGUAUGAUUUCAUACCCUGUCAUUUAACUGUUUUUUUUUUUUAAUUAAUGUUCUUAUAAAAAUAUAAAAUUACUCUUAAAUGUUUGUUUAAUCUUAAUGCAAUACGAGAGGAAGAGCGUUUUUAUAAACUUAAUGAUAUAGAAUUUGUAGAGAUGAAAAUACUUAUGGCUUAGUGACAUUAUUUCAGACAGUACAUACAUCAACUACUGUUACCAUAUUGGAAAACAAUUAUUGCAAGUUUAUUGAACAAAAAAAUCAACAAAUUAGUAGUAGGUCUAAAGUAAAUGUUGACUAAAAAUGUAUAAUCUACAGUUUGCAAAAAUAUUGGCCUGAAAUCAUACCUACGGUAAUACAUUCUAUUUUUGUGUCCUUGUUAACAUUUUAAAACUUUGAUGGACUGACAGACCACAGACCUCUGCAAAAUCGUGUGUAUUAAUUAAUUAUUUUAGUUGGCUUUUGGGUAUUAUUCUGUUUGGGUUUGGCAUAGGCCUAGUGUAUACAUAUUACUAUUUCACAAACUAUGAGUAUUAAAAUUUGUUUAUAGCUUUUCAAUAACUCUAUGAUGCUAGUA